AAUAUUUGAACCUACCGCCAAUUUAUCGUUCGAGAUUCUCCUCAGGUUUUUCACUAAUUUCAUCUUUAGCUCGUCCGUGAAGAACUUCUACUCAGCAUGAGCGGCCAGCCGUCGAUUGAUGACUAUGCGAAAAUCGAGAAAAUAGGCGAAGGAACAUAUGGCGUGGUGUACAAAGGCAGGCAUAAGGCCAGUGGCCGAUUUGUGGCCAUGAAGAAAAUUAGGCUGGACAGUGAAGAAGAAGGAAUUCCGUCCACUGCCAUUCGUGAGAUCUCCCUCUUGAAGGAACUUGUACAUCCCAGUAUUGUUACGCUAGAGGAGGUCUUAAUGCAAGAGGGAAAGUUAUAUUUAGUCUUUGAAUUUUUAUCUAUGGACCUCAAAAAGUAUUUCGACUCUUUGCCCAUUGAAAAACUCAUGUGCCCAAAUCUGAUCAAGAGCUACAUGCAACAAAUCCUCGAAGCCUUAUUAUUCUGCCACAGACGUCGAAUCAUCCACCGAGACCUCAAGCCCCAAAACCUUCUGAUCGACGCCAAGGGAAUGAUCAAGCUGGCUGAUUUUGGCCUGGCCAGGGCUGUCUGUAUUCCCAUGAGGGCCUACACCCAUGAGGUCGUGACCCUGUGGUACAGAGCCCCAGAAGUUCUUCUAGGCUGCCCUCGAUACUGCCCCGCCGUCGACAUUUGGUCUGUUGGCUGCAUAUUUGCCGAGAUGGCCUCGAAGAAACCCAUCUUCAGGGGAGAUUCUGAGAUCGAUCAGCUCUUCAGGAUAUUCAGGACCCUAACGACCCCCACCGAGGAAAACUGGCCGGGGGUGAGUGAGAUGCCCGACUACAAGGCCACUUUCCCGUCAUGGAAGGUCAACAAUCUGAGGCAGGCUGCCAAAUAUAUGGAUGAUGAUGCCCUUGAUUUGUUGGAGGGUAUGUUCAUAUACAAUCCAACCAAGAGGAUUUCAGCGGUCACGGCUUUGAAGCACAAGUACUUUGAUACUGAUGUGCACAUGAAAGAGAACCAAUCUGCAAGGGCUAACUUCUGAUUGGUUGAUUGAUUGGAUUACUGGCUGAAUGAUUGGUUGGUUGAGUUGAGUGAAUGAAGGAAUGAAUGAAUGAUUGAGUGAGUGACUGUUAAUUGAGUGAGUGAGUGAUUGAUUGCUUUGUUGUCUGUUGGAUUAGUUGGUUGGUUGAUUGACUAAUUAAUUUUUUUAAUUACUUAAUUAUUGUGUCUUCAUUUUUAAAACAAUAACAGCUCAUUAUCGAUUUUCCUAUUAUUAUUUUUAUUAUUUUUGAUUGAUUGAAUGAAUGAAUGAAUGAAUACAAGAAUGAACGAAUGAACGACAAACGUUAUAUAUAUAACAUCAUCUUUGAACAUUUUCCAUUAUUAACAUUGUGAAACUUUUACAUUAAUGUCCUUUCUUUCUCUCCUUUUUAUGUAUAUCCUCAUUCUUUUUGUUUCUUCUCUCUCUCUCUCUCUCUCUCCCUCUCUCUCUCCCUCUCUCUCUUUUCUGCAUUGCGUUUCUCUCUCUCCAAAAUAUGCAACACUUGAUAGCUAGCUGCGUCUUUAUCAUUAAUUUAAAUUUAACUUUUAUAUUUUUAAGGCCGCUCUUUUUUCGUAAUAAUUAAAUUAU